AUGGCUUUGCAGGAUUCAACCAGUGGUGUUCGUUCCCAGAUCUAUCUCACUUCACUUUCUAUUCUGAGUGAUAAAACAGACGUUCUUUCUCCACUGUUAGAUCUAAAGAUGUUACAAUUCUUGGAUUUGAGCUUUAACGACUUCACUGGUGUUGGAGUCCCUCAGCAACUCCCCACGCUGAAGUAUUUGCAUCAUCUGAACCUGUCAAAUGCUGGAUUUGUGGGAACGAUACCCAGGAAUUUGGGCAACAUGUCUGCGUUGCGCCACUUGGAUCUUUCCACAGAUUACUACAUUUUCUCAUCCUCCAUUACAAUUGUUGACAUGCAGAUGUGGAUAGGAAACAUGAGGGAUUUAGAGGUGCUGCUGCUGGACGGGGUGAAUAUGGCGCAAGUGGCAAGCGAUGAAUGGGGCAAAGCUAUUUCCACAAUGUACAGUCUCAGGCGUCUUCAAAUGUCCAACUGUGAGCUCUCCGGGCCAAUUCCCCCUUCCCUUGCAAAUCUUACCAGACUAACCCACCUCCAACUCGGUGGCAAUUCCUUUUCCUCGUCCAUACCUGCUGGCUUAUACAACCUCUCCAACCUGGUUUCUCUCAAGCUUAGCAGCUGUGACCUCAAUGGCUCCAUUCCCUCUGAUCUGUUGAGCCUUCCAAACCUGCAAGAAGUUGACUUGUCUGCAAAUCGGGACUUGGAAGGGAACCUCUCAAGCAUUCUGCCGCGACACUCUGCCUCGCUAAACAGCCUUGUUCUUACAGCAACAAGUGUAGCAGGAGCUAUUCCAGAUUCAAUUGUCAACAUCUCCUCGUUAACUCUCUUGGAUCUCUCGGACUGCUCUGUCCAAGGUAAGCUUCCUCCCACCAUUGCAAAUCUUACAAAACUUGUAAUGUUGGAUAUCUCAAUGAACCAAUUAGAAGGAAGUUUGCCUUCGUUUGGGACUAAGCCUCCAUUAGGAACAUCUUUAGCACAUAUCGACCUUUCACACAAUCAGUUGCACGGCAGCAUACCCCCUAUGUUGUUCGGUGCAUUUGAGAACCUCCGCUAUGUUGACUUGAGUCGGAACAAUUUGAGCGGUGCCGUUCCGUCACUUGAGAUGAAUCUUACCUCCCUCGCACAGCUUGAUUUGAGCUACAAUAAGCUGACGGGCACAAUUCCUUCCUUGGCCACCAUAAAGUCCCUUGUUCUGCUUGAUUUGAGUAACAACCACUUGACUGGCGGAAUCCCGGCUUCCGUUGGUCAACUACUUUCCCUUGAGACUCUUUAUCUAAGCAACAAUCAGUUAACAGAUGCCAUACCUCGCAACAUUUCAAAUCUAUCUCGACUGAAUGUUCUUUCCCUAUCAUCCAAUCGGUUAAGCGGGACCCUUACAGAGUCCCACCUUCAUAAUCUCUCCAGGUUGGUAUCUCUAGACAUUUCAAACAAUGCGUUAACUGUGAAGGUCUGUCCGACCUGGAUUCCCCAAAACUCGUUUAGAACACUGAAACUAAGAUCAUGUAACAUGGAGGGUGAAUUUCCGGCCUUCUUGAUAACUCAAGCUGACAUUUCCUAUUUGGAUUUGUCCGACAACAGAUUAUGGGGCAAUAUUCCUGCGUGGAUAUGGGAUUCCCUUCCCCUUCAACAACUCAACCUGUCUUAUAACAAUUUUACAGGCGCUUUACCUUCUAAGCUUGGGGGGCCCAAAACAUUGAAGGUUCUGGACUUGCAUCACAAUAAAUUAGAAGGUCCGGUUCCGCUUCCUCCUCCUUCAGUGGUUGUGUUGGAACUGUCAGAAAAUCAAUUUUGUGCAUCCAUCCCACCUGAAUUUGGCGAAUAUAAGUUUAGUUACCUGUCUCUGUCUCACAACAAUCUCAGUGGUACCAUUCCAUCUACAAUAUGUGAACUGUGGUCUAUGCAGAUUCUGGAUUUGUCCAAUAAUAGGCUUACAGGUAAGAUUCCUGUAGGUAUUGUAAACUGCAACUAUCUUGAGGUAUUGAAUUUGGAGGGAAAUAAUUUAGAAGGUGAGUUGCCAGCGGAGUUGGGAAACAUGACUUCGCUUCGAACAUUGAAAAUCAAUCGGAAUCAACUGAAUGGGACUCUGCCAACACUUGCAAAUUGUAGGCAGUUGCAGAUAUUGGAUAUAGGGGACAACAGGCUGACAGGGGACAUUUCUUUAAAUUUGAUUCAAGAGCUUCCUAGUCUUAAGAUUUUAAUCUUAAGAUCAAACAGAUUUGAAGGAAGUGUACCUGCUGAUGUAGUUAAAGUACCCUCUCUUCAAAUAUUAGACCUUUCAAUGAACAGUUUGACAGGAGCUAUUCCGGGCAACAUUUCAGAGAUGAAGGGCAUGGGAAAUGUCUCGAUGGAUACAGAAUUCUUUGAGUUUGGACGGAUAACAGGUUCAACAUAUGUAGAGAAAAUAAUCAUCAGAAGCAAAGGAUUAGAGCUGGAGUUUGUGAGAUCUUUGAGAUUAGUAAAAUGUCUCGAUCUGUCAAGCAAUGGAUUAUCUGGUCAAAUCCCUGUAGGCAUGGGAUCCCUGAUUGGUUUGAUCAUUCUUAAUAUUUCAAGAAACUAUAUUAAUGGUGAUAUACCCAAGUCCUUGGGAAGAAUGGUACAGCUAGAGUCCCUUGACCUCUCGCAAAAUCAACUGUCUGGAGAUAUUCCUGUGGAGUUGCAACUUCUCACAUACCUAAGUUACUUGAAUCUGUCAUACAAUAAUCUUACAGGAAGGUUACCGCAAGGAGGACAGUUCUUAACAUUUGAAGCCUCAUCCUUCUCACAUAAUCCAGGUCUAUACGGGUUACAACUGAACGAGUCAUGGUCGCCUUCGCCAAAGGAUGAAAGCAAGCCUAAGAAGGAAAGUGUGAAUAAAAACAGGGGAAGAGAGAGCAUUGAUAUUUUCUUUGUGUUGAUGGGGAUGAGCUUUGGAGUGGGCGCGGGCAUAAUUGUAGCUCCUUUGUUGUUUCUUAAGAAACGCAGGGAGAAGUUCUUUGAUUUGUUAGACAGUAUAUUGAUUUGGUUGGUUGACUUGAUUGCCUGUGACAAGUUGCAGACGGCGAAAAUUUCCGACGAAGGCCAAGAGCAUUCCGAAGCAAGCGAAGAAAUAAGACGCUUCUGUGUGCGUUGUACUCAGAUCGAGAGAGAGACUAAAAGUAUAGUUCAUAUUAAAUGUAUGAUGUGUCGAUCCGUAUGGAUGAUGCGUGGCAAGUUUGUACCUGCGGGCCAGUGCCCGCCUGCCACGUGGCGGGCGCAGGUCCUCCGAAAUGGUGACUGGUCUCCACGUGGAAGGAUCGCCGGAACCAAGGGCCGGCGGCGGAGGAGAGUCGUCCGACGCCGGGAGGUCGGGAGCUGGGAGGCGCUGGAGCCGAAGCGGCGGGAGGAGCCGCUGCGCGCAGGAAGGAGGCCGGAGGGAGUGAAGCGCAGGUGGAGACCGGGGAUUGGAGGCGUCGGGAGGUGCUGCUCGGACGGGCGCGGCGCGGACGGAGGACGAGGCGAGCGACGCGAGGCUGCGGCGGCGUACGCGGCACGAGACGCAGGGACGAACAAGUACAGGCGACGACGCGUGCGGACUGCGUUGUCAGGUACGACCUGCAAAAAUCUGCGGAGCACAGAGAAGGUGAUCCAAGAGGUUGGGAAUAUGGAGAAGGAGAGUGGAGAUCCACAAACUCCCGAUGUCAACUCUCCUGAUGACUUGGCGGCUACCCAUAUUAAUGAGGUGCCCAUUGUGCAAAUAGUAGGUGAAGAGGAAAAUGUUUCGAAGAAGACAAAAGAUGUUCAUGAGAUAACAGGGUCCCUCCAAGUUGAUUUGGAUGGACCAGAAUUUCUGGGCUUAUCAGAAAUACCAUUGCCAAAUUUGGAGGCACAUUUUGAGGAGAUGAUAAUUUAG